AUGCAGAUAAACGUGCUGUGGCCGCUGCAGUGGGUACCGUGGGCUACGUAUGCAGCUGUGAUACUGUGGGUGCAAGUGGUAGUGAUUCUACCGCUUGCGACAGUACUGUGGCAGGACUUCUACAGCCAGUUGCUGCCCUCAGAGUCGCACUUCGAGCGUCAAUUGCGGCCUGUUAAAGCCCCUGCAUCAGCAGCUGGGUCUGUAAAUUAUAUGUGGAGCAUGGAGCUGUGGCGACAGACUGUGUCGCCCCAAGACGUCACGUCGACGCCGCCGAGCGCGGGCCACGAGCAGCUGGCGGUACAGAGCGGCAUACCGUACCUGCUGGUGAUCGACCUGCAGCUAUACUGUUUUGAUCAAGAGCCCAUCCACGUCGUGACUGUUGAGGUAGCGGCGCAUACAGAGUACUUCACGGUGACCUGCUUCCCAAGCGUGGAGCAUGCGAUGCGGUCCCCCUGGACCGCUCAGCCACUUGCCACCCGCAUCCAGCAUGAGUUUGAGAAUCGACUGCAGCUGCCAGACAUAUUGCUAUCCGCCGACACCAGGAUGGUGAACGUUACGAUUCAAUCCACCGCGCGGCUGCGCUUCGGGCACCGCAGCGCGUACUCUUUGAGUAUGCAGGUGGGUGGCAUACGAUAUGCAAUGCUGCAUUGGUAUCGUACAUGCCAUAUUCUAGGUACUACGCUUUUCGUUGGGGUCAUUUCGGCGUGGUUCUACAUCAGCUUCUCCAUUGCAUUUAUGGUUAUCGGCUUCCUAAGGGGCGCUGGUGCCAAGAACACUAAAAGUUGA